AGCAAUGAUGGUUACAGGGACAGUGAUAUUGUUGGCAAUUUGGAUGCUGCUGGCAGCCUUGCCGCCUGUGGCUGCCAAAGCACACAUCUGGAAAUUCUAUACCUUUGUAUUUUUCUCCUUUCUGGGCAUCACUGGCUUCUCCGGUAGCUACUUCGAGUGUCGCAAUAUCGAUAAAAAGAGCGUGGUUAUUUUCAUGGGCUUGUGUUUUCAAAUCAUUAUGUAUAUGCAGCCCAGUAUAUUGCUGUCUGUUAAUUUUUACACGAUCUAUCAUAUGGGAAAUGCCGUCACACAUUUCCUCACGGCCCUGACCAUAUCUCAUAAGGCACAUUAUUGCAUAACAAUCGUGGGCAUCGUCUGCAGUAUGGUGCUUCCGCUGAUUUAUAUGGCUACGGAGAUUUCCCUAACUGCACCUUAUGUGACAGAUUGGUCUGUGGCAGUGACUUGUCCGCUGCUCCCUUUCGAAAACAAAACCGAAAGUUGCCCGUAUUAUGUGUUUUACGGCGUAAAAAGUGUAUUCAGCAUGGUACAAUACUAUAUCAAUUAUUUUCUUGUUGGAAGCACCGUGGUAACUACUUUACAGAUUGCCCUAUCAGUUCGGAAAAUCGAACAGACCCUUAUAAACAUCGCAGCCACAUUCACUAAUCCGCAGUUAAAUCCCCUUCCGGCGCCGAUCACUCAGCUAUUACCGCCAUCUCAGUUCAGAAAUCUAAUGGAUUUUGUAGCGGAUUAUAACGACCUAAUUGGGUGGCAGCUUUUAUUAUUUUUUAUGUACGCUACCAGCAGUGCGAUCGGCAUUUUGUUACGAGCUUUUCAGGAAGAAAGCACACCAAACGCGGACUUCGUCUUGCCGGCAGCAAAUGUUUUCGGAAUCCUGUUCAUCUUUAUCGUCUGUAUUUAUUGUGAAUCGAAGGUUAAAAGCCUGAAAAAGCAGGUGAAAAAUGUGCUGCAGUCCGAAGACCAUAUGACUCACCAGGAACUACGAGAUGCCUGUGAAAAUCUCCAAAAAGAAUUUGUCGGUUUCUUGCAUCCGUGUGACGGAGUUAUUUAUGGGACGCUACUACCAAUGACUCUGAAAUCGUUAUUCGGGACCCUAUUUGGAGCGGCAUUGACGUACCUGUGGGUAAUUCUACCUGCAAUCGAUUUCGACACGGGAAUCGCUUUGGUCCGGUCCGACUUGGCUAAUCUAACAAGACUGCUUAAAGUCAGGCUUCGAGAGCAUCAGGAGCUCUGAAGUGAUGGCAUAAUUUCGCUAGCAAGGAAAAACACAUCGACUGCAUUAAUGCGAACUUGAAUACCAUAUUCCAGCAAACGGUCAGCGACAGCCUCCUUGUGGUAGAGAGUGGAGACUACCUUAACUGGAGCCAGCCUAUAGAAAUCCCGCAUGACUGCUUUCACAGUUUCACUGUUCUUAUUGUUAGAGUAACAGUCUUUCUUAAUUUCGCGAGCAAAAUCCUUAUUUGCACGCACUUUAUGAUAUUUGUAUUACUUGUUUGCUUGUACUAUUUGCCACUAAAUACAGUGUUUUAUCCAGUGUAUAGCAUUUACUUCUAGACGCAAGGCAUUGCGCACA